ACCCUGAAAACAAAAACCAAAGAAUUUUUUCUACCCUGAAAAAUAAUCAUUCAUAUAGCAAAAAAAAAAUGAUUGUCAAAUCGAAUCCUGAUUCAAUUAUUGGUUUUGAAUCAUCAUAUCAACAAAAACAACGACAACCACAAUUAGAAUUGGAACAUAAUGAACCACAACAUCAGCAGCAACAGCAACAAUAUCCAUAUCCGGUAAAAUAUGUUACAAUCAAUACAUGUUCAUCAUUAUAUAGACAAUGGUCAAAAACAAAAAAAUCACUAUAUAAACGUGCUAUUGAUGGUUUAGAUUUACUUGUUGAAUAUGCCGAUACAAUUGAUCAAUGUCAUACAGAUGAUGAUGAUGAUGUAAAUAUGAUCACAAUAUUAGCAUUACAUGGUGCACCAGGUUCACAUGAAGAUUUUGAACCAUUUAUACAAUAUUUUGGAUCGAAAAAAAUUCGUUUUAUUGCACCAAAUUAUCCUGACAUAAACAUUACCAUACAGACAAAAGUAUUUCGUCAUUCGGCUGAAGAAAAAUUUGAAUACAUCAAGGAUUUUCUUCGUGCCAUCAAUGUUAAUAGUAUUGAUUUAAUACUAUCGCAUAGUAGUUCAAUAUAUCCAACGGUACGAUUAUUGUGUGAUCAAACAGAUGUACAGAUAAAAGCGGUGGCAUUUUUCAAUCCGGUUGGCCAUCGUCGUAUACAGGCAAUGCGUCCAGCAUGGUUCACUGAAGGUUCGGUGAAAAUUUAUCAAAAUAAAUUUGGUCGUACUGUUUAUCAGAUUUUUGGUAAAGGUUUUAUCAAAGCAACCGGUACUGUGACCGUACGACCAGAUAGUAUGAACAAUGUAAUGUUAUCGGCACAAACGAUGCGUUAUUCAAAUUAUAAACAGCUGGAAAAAUAUUUACGAAAAUUAAAAGAAAAUCAAAUACCAACAUUAUGGGUUUGCGGUGAUAAUGAUCGACUUGUUGAAAAGGAAAUCUUUUACGAAAUGAUUGAAAUAAUGGAUGGUAAUGAUGAAUAUAAUUGGCAAAAAUAUGAUUGUAAUGGCAAAAUGUUGACACAAUAUCAAUCGGACAGUAAUAUAAAAAUAUUAUUCUUUGAACAAGGUGGUCAUUAUACAUUCCAUAAAUUUUCGAAUGAAGUCAUAAAAGAAUGUGAUAAAUUUCUAAACCAUAUUCUAUUGAAUCGACAACGAAAUAAUCAUAAGAUCAUCAUCAUCAUCAUCAUCACCAUCACCACCACAAUCAUCAUCAUCAUCAUGAUUAUCAUUAAAAAA